AGGGCCCAUGGCUGGGCCCGCCACGCGCGUUGCCCCCAUGCUGUUCUUCGCCCUCCUGCUGCUCCUGGACCUGAGUCUGGCAGAUUCCCUGGGACUUGGAAGCCCUGCUCAGGACCUCCCUGAGAAUCACAUCGACCUCCCAGGCCCAGCACUGUGGAUGCCUCAGGCCAGCCACCACCGCCGUCGGGGCCUGGGCAAGAAGGAGCGGGGCCGGGCCUGGGACGGGGCAGUGGUCACUGCCACCAGGCAGGCCUCCAGGCUGCCAGGGGCAGGGGGGCUGCUGCCUGGACAGAGUCCUGCAGGCCUGCUGCAGGACAAGAAUCUGCUGCUGGGGCUGACACUGCCCUACCCUGAGGAGGAGAACCGGUCUCCAGGGUCAGAAAGGGUGAAGAAACGCGGCAGGGAGCACAAGAGACGCAAGGAGAGGUUGAAACCGCACAGAGGCCGAGCCUUGGUCAGAGGCCCCAGCUCCCUGAUGAAGAAGGCGGAGGUCUCAGAAGACCAGGCACCAGAUGCCACGAUGGAGGAAUCCUCCACCAGCCUGGCCCCCACCAUACUUUACUUAACCACCUUUGAGGCGGCACCUGCCACAGAAGAGUCCCUGAUCCUGCCUGUCACUUCCCUGUGGCCCCAGGCUCAGCCCAGGCCUGAUGGGGAGGUGAUGCCCACACUGGACAUGGCCUUGUUCGACUGGACCGAUUACGAAGACUUAAAACCCAAGGUCUGGCCCUCUACGAAGAAGAAAGAGAAACACCGGGGUAAACUCUCCAGUGAUGGUAACGAAACAUCACCAGCUGAAGGGGAGCCCUGCGACCAUCACCAAGACUGCCUGCCAGGGACCUGCUGCGACCUUCGGGAGCAUCUCUGCACGCCCCACAACCGAGGCCUGAACAACAAAUGCUUCGAUGACUGCAUGUGUGUGGAAGGGCUGCGUUGCUACGCCAAAUUCCACCGGAACCGCAGGGUCACGCGGAGGAAAGGGCGCUGCGUGGAGCCCGAAACGGCCAAUGGCGACCAGGGAUCCUUCAUCAACGUCUAGCGGCCGGCGCAAGGCGCCUCCCCAGGCCUGGGGGCUGAACGCGGGAGGCUUCGUGAAGCCGGGCGAUUUGUUUAUAAGUAGCGGUGGCAGAUCAAACGGAGGACCCGAUGACUGAGGCUGCAGGCUCAGGGCCAGGACACUCAGCCCCGGGAGGAGAGCCCUGGGCGACCUGCCCCAGCCCACGAGCCGAGCAGCAGUACACCUGCAGCCACCACCUGGCCGAUGGGAGACCCACGCCGCCUGCGCAUCCCGUUGUCCGGGUUCUCCGCGAUGGCAAUGUCGAGAGUGCCCUCUACUGUCCGACAGUAGCACUGCAACGGCUUCAAGUUAAAAAAGAAAGCGGGUUUUGAGCUGGAAAGAAUGGAAACUCCCUGAGAGACAGGGAACCCAAGGGCAGGAGAUGAAUAUGCAGCGCUUCCUAUGUACCAGGCACUGUACUAAACGCGGGGCAUACGUUAUCUCAUUUAUUACGUGACCUUUUAAAGAAGGCAUGGUUACCAUUUUACAGGGGAGGAAACGGAGGUAGGGUUAUCCGACUUGUCCAGGCUCCCAGAUCAAUGCUCCUCCAACCUUCACCUGUGUAAGAAUCCCCUGGGGAUCUGGUUAAAAUGUAGAUUUCAAUUCAGUAGAUUCUGCAUUUCUAACAAGCUUCGGGGAAUGUGGAUGCUGGUGGACCAGGAACCCCAAUGAGAGCACCAGGUCCUAGGAAGUAAAGGGUGGAGCUGGCAUCUGAACCUGGACCUGUCGAGCUCCAAGGCCCACGACCUUGCUGCUCCACAACUAAGGACUUAUUCCAGGUUCUCCAUGGCUUUCAGUGAGACAUGUUCCCUCGUAGUUCCUUUUGCUGUGGUGAAGGCUGGACUGACUCUUAUCUUCCUUCCCUGUACAAAGUGUAUCAUUUUAAA